AUGCGAGGCUUUCUGCCGCGGCUGAAUGUUCUGCGGUCGAUUGCACCUAGGGCAGCGGCUCCCAUACUACCAACGGCCAAUAUUCGUCUGACUACCUCUGCCCUCACACAUACACCUAGGGCCUCCCAAGCUCGGCUGUUCACUCAUUUCCCUGCGCGACUCACUACUUCCCCUGGCCCCGAACAUCAAAAGUCCACCCUUCCCCCAAAUCCGUCCCUCUCCCAGCGUCUAAAGCAUCUUAUAAAGUCGUACGGGUGGUAUGCGCUCGGUGUCUACUUCAUCCUUUCCGCGCUCGAUUUUGGAGUAGCGUUCGUAGGCAUCAAUCUGCUGGGUGCAGAAUAUGUCUCGCAAGCCACGGCCAGCAUCAAGGCGGUAGUCGCAUCCGUGCUACCGUCGAGACCUUCGGAACCUGGUCGGGAUGAGAUGGACAGCAUUUCUCAUGCACAUGCAGAAGGAGGCCAGGAAUCUCUCUAUGCCAUGCUUGUACUUGCCUACACCGUCCACAAAACUUUGUUUCUACCCGUCCGGGUCGGACUCACGGCAGCUUUCACUCCUCGGCUUGUUGGGUGGCUAACGCGCAAAGGAUGGGCAGGGAAUGAAGGCGCUCGUCGCGCGGCUCAGCAAAUGCGCGAGAAAAUUAGAGAGAGGAGCAGCCGAGACAGCCACUAG